CGAAAUCAUUAAGACGGUUUUCAUAUUUUUCAAGCCGAGAUUCUUUGGCUUGAUUUGUCAAUAGCAAUUUUCAAAGAGUGAUCCCACUGUACUCCCAACCCUCACCAUGCUCCGUCUCUCAAGGCGACUCCAGGCCUCAACCCCUUGUCUCCGCUCCGCUCUUCUCCAGCUCCGGUUCGCGAGGACCGACUCCGGCUCACCGGUGCGCCCCCGGAGAAGGUCGAAGUUCCCGGCCUCGACGAUGAGGAAGGUCGACGAGAAGUCGGAGUGGUGGGUGGUCGACGGCGAAAUGCACGAGAUUGGAGAUAACGUGCCCCCGAGAGAGAGGUUCGUGAUUCCCAGAGAUAACAUCCCAAACAAGCGCCGGAAACAGCUCCGAGAGCAGUUCAUGCGCCGGACUCGCCUCGUUCUAAAGGAAUCGGAGCACGAGCCAUGGUGCAAAAGGUAUAUGGAACUAUAUCAGGAGCUUAGGGAAAACUGGGAGAGGCUAUACUGGGAUGAGGGCUACUCCAAGAAACUUGCCCAAGAUCAUGCAAACUAUGAAUCUGCUGAAGAUGAUGAUCUAGAUUUUUCACCAUACAGGAGAAGGUGGACUCAUGAUAAACAAAUUAAGGGCCAGGAAUUGGGAAGGAAUAGCCAAGGUGAUUCCUGGGAAAGGGUCAGCCAAAUUCGAGAUAAGUUUGAAUAUGACAGAGAGAGAAGAAUGAGAGAAAAAGCAUUCGCUCCCAUGACCGGUGGAAUGGCUCCUGGACCACAUCAGUCAGUCUCCAGGAAUCAGCGCUUUGAUACCCAGAGAUACUUUUCCCAAUCUGAAAGUGAAUGACUAACUACAUGAAAGUUUUUCUUGGUUCUACUCUUUAUUGGUUGAACCCGGAAAAAAGAGAGGCCUAACAUAAUAUAGAGAUUAUGUGCCCUUCUAAUUCUCAGAUUUCCGUUCAAUGGUUUUCCAUGGUUUAAUUCCAUACAUCCUUUGUAACAGGUGUGUGUUUCUCAGGAUCAUUGUUGUGUUCUACAUAAGGUUCUCAGUGGAAAGGCCUUUAGGAAAACAAAGCAGCAGAGAAGCUUUGAACAGCUAGUGUUGAUUUAUGGAAUCAGUUUUGUAGAUAACUGCAUUUUUCUCCUUUAUUUUUCCUUUUUAA